ACACGGUUUGCGUUGGUUUCCUCGCGCUGUGUCCAUUUGAUUCCUUACCGCACGCGCCAAACGCGCGCACUCCAGGUAAGCCAAUGGGCACGCGAGUCACCGCUAGUCGCCCCCACUGCCCCCAAGUCCCACUAAUGUCUCUCUCAGCGUGGACGCAACGUCACGUCCGCACUUGAACUUGAAUUCUUAUCCCAUUGUACAGAGGCAACCCCAGCCACACACACACGAAGGGGUCCUCCCAAAGCAACAAGACGGAAACACUGGACCUCCGCUGUUUGGAAUGAGAGAAAGAGGAGGUGUUUGGCUGUAACUGGCUGUUGUCUCCGUCUCCCCCUCAACUCCUAGAGCGUAGAGUUCCAUGCCAUUCUGUUCACCGUUGCCAAGACGCGCGCCGCGAGGACUGAAUGGGGCCAAAGCGCACAUCACGUAAAUGAGUAGCUAAUUUGUUAUAAUUAUUUAAGAACAUAUCAGAGGAGAAGAAGAGGUGACAGUUGAAUCGAAUAUUGACCCAUCGGUCGAAGAGUGGCAUGCACCGUAGGCUACUCCAGUUGUCAACGCGCUGCAGAAGAGGGCACCUCGUCGGAAUUUAAAUGAUCGUUAUUCUCUGCAAUUAUUACAAUAUCCAUUGCUGUAUUAACAAAACAUAACCUUCCAGAAAUAUUUGCAUGCACCUGCAUGUUUCUGUUGUGUCCUAAAGCUUCCUUUGGUAAUUCCAGGUGUUGCGUUUAGUGUGAGUGAUUCUGCGAUAAGAGAACUGGACAAUUGACCAACGGUUUUUACCCGCCUUUCAACAACCACAAUAAAAACACACUAGGCUCAUUUUCACUUGCAGUAGCUUUGUGUAAAUCGUCUGAAUUGGAAGCAAUUUGAAAAAAGUUACCGGGCACCAGACCAGCGGAGGAUCAUCACGGAGCAAGCCAACCCCAAGCGCAGGUCUCCGGGCGAUGCCAGAGUAGAUGCAGGGGCAAUGUCCCGUCGCAAGCAGGGGAACCCUCAGCACCUACCACUGUCGCAAAGAGAAACAAUACGACCCGAGGCCAAUCAUGAGUUGGGGGUGGGAACUCGCUCCCCGGAGCCGUCCACUCCCAGCCCCACUCCGAGGAGGGCGGGGCCAGGGGAGCAUGACCUCUUGACCUGUGGGAGGUGCCAGACCAAAUUCCCUCUGGGAGACAUCCUGGUCUUCAUAGAGCAUAAGAGACGGCGGUGCAGUGGGGGAGGCCGCGCCCCUGGGGGGUUCUCCAAACCGGGCGAAAGGGGGAACCCCGUCUUGCUGCGGGGAGGGGCGGUGCCGGUGGAGGUGGGGGUGCAGGUGACCCCUCAUGGGGAGGAAGAAGAGGAGAGGAGGCUGACGCCCGCUAAAGGAAUCUGUCCCAAGCAGGAGAGAGGGAACACAGGUAAAGAUGAGCCGUCCAGCUACAUUUGCACCUCUUGUAAACAGACCUUCACCAGCGCCUGGUUCCUGCUCCAGCACGCCCAACACACCCACGGCAUCCGCAUCUAUCUGGACACACACCCCUCCAACUACACCCUCACCCCUCGCAUGGCCCUCCCCCCUCCAAUGGGUGGGGGAGACUCCCUCCCUCGUUCUCCCUUACCAACCUUCCUGGGGGACACCUCUAACUCCUUCCACCUCCUCCGAAUGGCGGCGCCACUACUCAGGGAGCACCACCCACACCAUCCCCAACACCCUCACCACCCCCGUCCCCCUCCGGGCUAUCUGGACACCCGGCUCCCUGCCACCCCACCCUUCGUCAGACCCCCACCCCCCAGACACCUCCUGGAGCGCCUGGGUCCAGAGGAGAUGGGGCCCCUGCUCUUCCAGCACCCCAGUGCCUUCGAGAGGGUGAUGCGUCUAACCCCAAUGGAUCCUCCUUCCAUGGACUUCUCCAGAAGGCUCAGAGAGCUGGCGGUUGGCAACAAUACUAACAACGGAGGCCCUACACCUCCUCUAUCGCCCACCCGGGUGCCCCCCAUGCACCGCCUGCUGAGUCCAACUCUCUUCCAGUCGGGCUCCAAGCCCCCACCGUUCCUCACCUACCCCCCACAGCCCCCCACGCCUCAGGGAAACGCCACCACUCCUCCCCAGGGCCAGAACCAGGCCCAGGUCCAGGCCCAAGCCAAGUCCAAGUCCUGUGAGUUUUGUGGAAAGACCUUCAAGUUCCAGAGCAACCUGAUAGUCCACAGACGGAGUCACACAGGAGAGAGGCCCUACAAGUGUCAUCUGUGUGACCAUGCCUGUUCUCAAGCCUCCAAGCUGAAGAGACACAUGAAGACACACAUACACAAGUCAGGCUCCAUGGGGAGCUCCCCUGAACAGGAGAAUAGAGGAGAGGUAGGAGAGGGGGAGGAGAAGAGCAGAGAGGGGGAGGGAAGAAUGGGGAUGGACAACGAGGAGGAGGAAGAGGAUGAGGAAGAGGAAGAAGAGGAGGAAGAAAUUGAGGAUGAGGAGGAGAUGAGGAACGGCCUAAGUAGGCCUGAGUCUAACCUGAGCAUGGACUCAGAGUUCAGCAAGAACAGGGAGAACGGGUCGAGGCCUUCCCCAGACGAGAAGCCUCAUGGUGGGGAUAGAGUGACGGAGAGCGGAGGGGUGGGUAUCAUGCACCCAUACAACCACCUGGACAAUCACCUGAGGCUGGCCCCUUCCAAGAAGACCAUGAGUCUGGAUAGGGAGAGGCAGCCUAAUAGAGAGUAGAGAGGGGGAGAUGCAGGGAGGGGGGAGAUGGAGAUUGAGCGGGACAGAGAGCGGGCGUUGGACAGGGCGAUGGGCAGAGCGAUGGACAGAGAGAGAGAGAUUGAAAGAGAGGAGAGGCCCUUGAUGAACGGAAGGAUUAGUGGGUCUGAAGACUCUUUCUCUGGACUGUUCCACCGCCGGCCCACCCCCAUCACCAGCCCCAACCCCUCCAACAAGAGAAUCAAGGUGGAGAAGGAGUUGGAGCUCCCCGCGGCUCCGACCCUCAUCUCCCCAGAGAACAUGUACUCCCAGCUCCUGGCGGGUUACGCCGCUUCACGCCACUUCAUCAGAGAACCUUUCCUCCACGGCUUCAGUGACGCCCACCAGUCCCCCUUCGCCACCUCCUCAGAGCACUCCUCCUCCGAGACGGGUUCCCUCCGCUUCUCCACCUCUCCUGGGGAAUUCCUGGAGGGAGUGGGCGCAUCGGGCCGCAGCGGCAGCUCCACCCCUCACCUCCUGCGGGGUCCCGGACCGGGUCGACCCCCUAGUAAGGAGAGCCGACGGAGCGACACCUGCGAGUACUGUGGGAAGAUAUUCAAGAACUGCAGCAACCUGACGGUGCACCGACGCAGCCACACGGGAGAGAGGCCCUACAAGUGUGACCUGUGCAGCUACGCCUGCGCACAGAGCUCCAAGCUAACUCGCCACAUGAAGACCCACGGGCAGUUUGGGAAGGAGGUGUACCGCUGUGACAUCUGCCACAUGCCCUUCAGCGUCUACAGCACCCUGGAGAAACACAUGAAGAAGUGGCACGGGGAACACUUGAUGGUCAGCGACGUCAAACUGGAGGAGGCUGAGAGAGGCUAGGUUACGCUAGGCCAAAGCUAAAGCUACAGGCUAGGCUAGGCUAAAGCUAAAGGCUACAGGCUAGGCUAAAGCUAAAGCUACAGGCUAGGCUAGGCUAGGCUAACACCUCAGACUCAUUCUGAAUGAACACUUACAGGACUUCAACAUGGGGCUUGGCUGGAUAAUCUUUCAUCUUCUUGAAUAUUUUUGGGACAAUUUAAUGUACGUAAUUCUGUUUUUGUUUGUUCUUUUUGUCACAGAAACUGCCAACUGAGAAAUAUAACAAAGGGAAACAUGGGAUGUUUCUAGAAACCUUUAGUUUCCUGCCAACUAUUGAUCUAUCUGAGGAUUUUAUCAUUUUCGGAAUCCAUUGAGCCUUUCUACUGUGCAAUAAUGUCUGUAUUUAUUGGAGUUUUGUAAAGAUAUUGGGCAUGUGCAGGUACAUCUUUUGGGGUUUUAUAGGGAAUUAGAUAGCUAGCUAGUAAGUUUUUAAAAAAUAUGCUGAAGAAUUUUUUUUCUAAAAAACACAACUUGAAACAGGUCACACUUGAUUAGAAAUACAAUUUUAAUUUUGAUUUGUUAAUUAAAAACAAUUCCUUUAAGGAAACUAUAAGUAAAUGAGCAAACUUCUUAAAUGAUGAUAGAAAUGAUUUAUUUUUGAUCUGUAUUAUUAAUAUCGUAUUAGGUCAACAUCUCUGACAUCAAGCACUGAAUGUCACUAUGACAACAGAAUUUACAUUUUAGGAUUUCAAAAAACCCCAAAUGUUGAUGUUUUAAAAGUCUGAAUUAGAUUACAGCCAAUUUUACACAAACUAUUCUUUUUUAAUAUCAGCAUGUGUUAUUAUGAUGAUGCAAUCCAGUCCCCACAUUCCCAAUAUUAGCCGGGGACAUAAAUAUUCCCAAUAUUAGCCGGGGACAUAAAUAGCGGUUGCAGACAUUGACAUGAACUCCUUAGAUGCAGGAUUAAAUCACCAUGGGAAUAUUUAAGAUAUAUCAGUUCAAACUUGCUGUAGUAAAUGUGGAAAGGAGAACAGUCCUAUAAAACGUUAUGUGUGUGGAUGUUUUGGGAAGAGUAAACCGUUUUAUUUCAUCAAACAUUAUGUAAAUAUUCGAUUUUCUUUAAUAACAGAAACUAAAUGUAUACUAGCCCCAUAUUUUACAUUUGGAAUGUCCACUCUAACUAAAACAAUCAAAGAUCUGUGGCUUGAGUUACUUAAGUUCUGAAUAAUAUACAUUGUUAUUGCAACCAUUCACUAGAUAAUUGCAAUACAGGUCCUCUCAAUAGUGCUUCCUUCCUAUGGUCAUACUGUUUACAUUUGAACAACAUAGCGGCAAUGUCCCUUACACCCUCUUGACACUUGAUAAAGCUUCAUCAAAACCAAUUUGUUAAGUUAAACUUUUAAACAUUCUACAUUGUACUGUACAUUCCACUUCUAGAAUCAUUUCAUUGUUCCUUCUGGGGAAUUCCUGAACAGUAGUGUUCUCGUCGCCCAGGGUGAGUUCUGAUCCCCUCAGGAUUCAGCAAAACGGUCUCAGAAUGGAAUUCAUAUCAAUGCCUGUGUUUCUCCACUGUGUGCUCUAAGCCUCAAUCUGCCUGCCUGCUUUCACAGUUCACUAACUCAGCGUUCAUGUAUUAGUAGAGCAGCUUUGAAAAGGAAAAGGUGGGGGUUGUUCAUUUUGCUUCACAAAGCGAUAUGGGGGUUUAACGCCCAAUAACAGAUUUGUGAAGACACUGUACGUGGCGUUCGUGACUUUUAGGGAUUUACAAUUUGUGAUUUUCAGCUGCGUGGAAUGAGGAUGGCUCAUCCUUGAAUGAAUCUAAAAAAGCCUAUUUGAGUUACAUUGAGUUAUGGUAAUAAUGUUCAGCACAGCAGUUAGACUGAUGGCCACAUGACCUUGAGAUCUGAUUGGAUCAUUCUUGAGGUAGAAAAUGAAAAAUUGAAAUAGAGAAAAUGGAGAGGGGAUAGAGGGAGAGAGGGAGAGAGACAUAGAAUGAAAGAGAGGGAGAGAGAGAGACCCAAGCAAGGAUCAAAGUCAUUCAAAUGAAAUUGAAAGCAUAUGAAAAGUGUGUUUUAACCCAAAUGCAUAUCUACUGGUCAAAUCUAAUACCAAGGACAUCAGAGAGAGAGAAAGAGGACCAAUAUUAGGGAAGAUUGAGGCCACAUCUUCCCUUAAUACAACCAUCUUCAAUAGAGAUAAUCACCUCACCUCAAAGAUAUCACUUCACACAGCCUGUUUUAAAUGUGCUGUGUGUGUUUAGGCAAUUGGACAUGGGUGUGCUCUCGAAUGAAAAUCUUCCUAUUUAUCAUCAUCUUGUUGACAGAAAUCAGAUUCUUACACAAGACACUCAUCUCAUAAUGGUCCUCUAUUUCAGAUCAGCAUGUGGAAAUGGAAUAGAUUAGUUGUCAUAAUAUAUGCGACUGGCUGAAAAGGUGUACAUACCAUAGAGACAUGCGUUUGGGGAAAAACACAUGUUGAUAUUCAGUAAGAGUACAUCUUUAGUGUAUUCCAAUAAAACAUAUAUAUUUUUUAAUCAAUUCUCACUUCAGAACAAAGUUGAUAAUAACUAUAAUAACUGUUAUUAUUGCAAUUGAGACAGCGGAGAGGAGAAACCUACAAUUCCCACUUCUGAACAAGCUUCAUAUAUUCCAUCCAAAAUAUGGAUGCUAGAGAGUUAUUUUAAUCGCAUUGAGGAACCAGGAAGCCAGACCGGCAAAACAGAACUAGUAAUCUCAUACAAGAACCUUCAGUACCAGAAUAAUGUUUACAGUGUUUGAAGUGUGUUAUCGAUGAAAUCCUGUGUGUUUUGAAAUAACAAAGUAUUCUUUUCUUCAAUGUUUUGAAUGCCAUAACGAGCAUUGUAUGGUUAUGAUGGUGGAGGGAUUUUAUGAAGUAGAUUUACAUGAGUAGUUGCGUAUAAUUUCUUGCUCACUGUAUGACGAUACACAGUGUUUUUGUACUAUUAAUAAAUGACGCUGUGUUUUUAAAAACAAAAUGGUUCCAACAUUCUGCCUAUUUUACCUUCCCAAUCCAAUUGUGAUUUGAUUCAAAUGUUUAAAGUCGUUUUUUUGGUAAAUCUAUCCUAAUAUGGAUAAAAAAAAAAAACAUUUAAAUUAGAAAUCAUCCAGAAUAUCAGAGGAAUUUUGAGAUUGGGAUUCUGCAAUGGGUUAUGGGAGAAAUGCUUUUAAAAAAUUUUUUUUUUAAUCAGUUUUAGGAGGCGUUCAUGGACAAUAUUGUUUUUUUUCUUCUCAUGAUUGGUUGAAGUUCUUGUGAUGGCACUUAAAAUUUAAAUUUUAACACAUUUUCAACUUUCAUGACUUUUGCUCUUUGUACAAAAAUAUUUUUUUCUUUUUCUUUUUGUGAGGGAUUGUUGUGAAAAAUAAGUAGUUUCAAAGCAGCAGCAGUAACGUCGGCUGUUUUGAACAUAUAUGUAUUUUUGUAAUGUGUUGAAAAGAAAGUCAACAAAUCCAAUAAAUGUUGCAAUUGCC